AUGGGAUUCCGGUACGGAUACAUCGGCGUUCAACCAGACCCCAUGGUGCACGCACCCGCAUCUAUCGUGACGCCUCCUGUCGCGCCGUCAACACCAUUCCCCAGCGCGAUCCAUCCGGAAAGCCAGCCAACGGUGCAAGCCCCGCCCAACCCUAGAGAAGCAUUAGUUGUCAGUUCGGACACACGGGCGCGAACAGACGGCCCAUCAUCGAACGCGGUUGCUGGUGGUUUAGGGCGUGCAGUGAAUGGUGGAGCGGGAAUGAAUGCAAGCGCGUGUGCACAUUCGCCACCAAUAUGGAACGUGAACUCAUUGUUGCCCGGAAACCCCGACGUCCACAUCCGCACCCCCGCGCAACCGACAGUAGCGGACGCGACUGGUGUAGGUGGGCAACCAGAGGCGAACGUGGGGAACGCGGGGCGUGGAGCGGGUGCAAGAGGAAACGCAGGAAGGGGAAGAGGGACUGGUGCAACAGGGAAUGCGAGAAGAGGGACUGGUGCGAGAGGGAAUGCGGGAAGAGGGACAGGGGAGAGAGGGAACGCGACUAGAGAGAGAGGUGCGAGAGGAAGGGGUGGGAGAGCGAGCGCGGGACGUGGGACAGGUGUGGGAUCGAACGGGGAUAGUGCGACCGGGCAGGGAGCGCAUGGGGUGACAGGUAACGGCGGCAGGGGUAACGGUGUUAACGCGAACGGCGGUACCGGUAAUGGGCCAGUUAAUAGACCGCGUAUAAGGAGGCGGCGAGUCGAUGUCGUGCCGCACACGGCACGCAAUGGCUCCCGGGAGGGGAGCGAGGGGGCAAGCGAUGAGGAUGACGAGGACGACGCUGACGAUGCGGACGAUAGUUGGAAUGACGAUGACGAAAACUACCUAUCGAACUUGCUGUCCGCGCUCAACGAGGAGGAGGCGGAAGACAACGAAUGGGUGCGGGGUACGCGGAGGGACAUUGAGGUCCCUAUCGCGGAUUGGAACAGGCUUGGUGUGGACGACACGUCGGCCGCGAAACGAGAGAUGUGCUACAGAAUCCUCUACGGUGUCUUUGAGGCCAUGCUGAAGAAGUAUCGCGGUUGGGCCAACGAGUACAAGCAGUUCAUGGCUCACAAGCUGCCUAAACUGGACGCGGGUAGGUUUGGUGAGGAGGCCGCGUUGAGAAACGCGAACCCCGACGAGAUAGGGGCCGCGGUCGAACAGUACAUGGGUGGUGACUGGAAGAUGGCAGAGGGCGACGAGCAGUGGUUCCACGGCCUUGAGACGAAUCUAUGGCGCUUCUGCAAAUACGUGACCUUCCUUGCGAACGAGAGAGUCGCACAGGCGGACAGGAUGGCCACACUCAAGCGGCCAGAAAAGACCUUGAAGAAGAGACGCGAGUGCACCCCAGCAAUGCUGAUGGGGCGUCUCAAGGCUUUGAACCUGCUGAUCAAGCUGGACGGGGCCAUCUUCAAGAAGCCCGUUCUGAACAUGCUGUGGGACUUUGUGGAGUGUCGCAUUUGGGUCUGUGUUCAAGGCUGGGGGGCACAGCACGCGUCCGCGGACGGAAUGCCUUCGGAUCAGCUGGCGAGGCUGGGUGGUUGGCGCUUCAUCGAGGUGAUGACUAAGCAAUACCUCACAACCAUUCCGAGGGAGGCCGUGCUGCUGAAGGCAGGCUUCACCGGGGUUGACGGUGACUACUUCCUUGGUCCCGCAACUGUGCCGUGCAAGGAUUACAACCGCAAGAUGGUCAAAAAGCAGAAGCCUGAGAAGCAGGACACCGCGGGGCUAAGCAUACUGAAGGAGCUGGAUGGGGAGGCUAGGAUGGCGGUCGCGCAAGACCUGACAAUGUAUUACAUUCACCAUCCGCGACACCCAUACGUGGUGAACAACCCGCUCUGCCAGACGGAGGAAUUUGCGUCGUGGGUUAUAGAUGUCUCCUUGGCAAAUCAACUUGCCAUAGUACAGCGCAACACACCCACACUGACCCAGCCCGCAGAGGUGAGUACCAGAAUGGACGCGCAGAACCAAGUGACCGUCCUCACUGAGUACCUGACUCGUUCACAAGUGGACAACACCAGGCUGGGCCUAGAGUUGGUCGCGACUCAUAAACGGGUGAAAGAGCUGGAGAGGUUGCUGGAGGAUCACGAUCGGAAGCUGGCCGCGAAGGAAGAGCGCGUGAAUGAUUUGGAGGCUCAGCUGUCGCGUCUCACCGUGAGCAGCUCUGGGCCGACCGCGGAUCCGAGUCUGGCAGACACUCUUGAUGCCGCGGCUGAGCCUACAAAGACCACAACUCCCACCGACCAGGAAACGAGGAAGAAACCCGCACAGCCCAUGAGGGAAGAGACGAUUCGGGACGCGAUCGUCCUCCCAUGGGUCAACGCGGCAAAACCGUCGGAUGGAUGGAAGCUUUAUAAGUCCACGCACCCGCUGUUUGGUGAGAUUACGGAGUCGCUUAUCGCCCAGCCCCGCGGUGCAGCUACGCAGUUGGCCAAGCUUAUUGGGAAGGCUGGAGGUGGCCCGAACGCAAUAAACCGUGUCAAGCAAGUCAUGAACUUCAUCGCCCACAGGGUGGAGCAAGGGGACAACCUUGCGGUCGUGCUCGACAAGCUCGACCUCGUAUCUGUAGCCGUGGGCAUGUCGGGUGUAUCGGAAGGGGUCGCGGUGAAGAAGAAGAGUGCUGACUUGACCCUAAGCGAGCUGAAGAAGGGUUCCCCGGCUGAGGUGCAGUUGCGUGUGAAAUGGAUGCUUGUACGCGACCACUUUAUCGAUGCCUCCCUUCCUGCAUCAGAGUUUCCGGUCGCGUGGCCACAGUAUUGCGCCCAGAUGCCAUGCCUAGAUGAUUGGGGGGGUAACAUCAGAUGUUGA